AUGCUAGGAAUACAAACUGGUGUUCAGGCUUUUAUUUCAACAUUCACUGAACAUUGGCAAGUUACAGGACUUACUGAGGAAAGCGUCAUGAAUUACUUAGAAGAAGUUAUGCAAGCCAUCUGUAUAGCCCUCCUUGUCGCUAAUUUCCUUCUCAACAUCGGUCGUACUCUAAAAGCCAUCGAGUUAUGCAAUGAAAGCUUACUUUUGCUCAGUAAUAAAGUGCUGAGUGUACAAAAGCCAUUACAGCAAAGAAUGUACAGAAAAAUUUACCAUACCAUGUUUAAGGCGUACUGCCGUGUUAGCGAUCACUCGAAUGCAAUAGCUUGCGGCAGGAAACUUCUCAACAUUCACCACGAGUGUUGUGAUGCAGGUCAAGAAGGUGUGCUUAGCAUAGCACUGGCACAGAUAUAUCAGAGUCAAAGUAUGUAUGCUGAGGCAAAAGAACUUUAUGGGAGAGCAAUCCUUGUCAUGCAAAAAACAAGUGACAGGAGAGGAGAAGCAAUCGCUUUUGGAGGUCUAGGAAAUCUGUUUACUUUACUCGGUGAAUACGUCAAGGCUGAAAAAUAUCAUGAAAAAGCACUUGCGAUAAGCGUGGAAAUUGGUGACAGAGCAAUAGAAGGAAAAUGUUAUGGAAACCUAGGAAAUGUGUUUCAUUCUCUCUGUGAAUAUAUCAAGGCUAAAGAAUAUUAUGAAAAAGCACUUGCGAUCAGCAUGGAAAUUGGUGACAGAGCGAAUGAAGGAACAUGCUAUGGAAACCUAGGAAAUGUGUUGGAAUCUCUCGGUGAAUAUGUCAAGGCUAAAGAAUAUUACGAAAAAGCACUUGCGAUCAGCAUGGAAAUUGGUGACAGAGCGAAAGAAGGAACAUGAUAUGGAAACUUAGGAACUGUGUUUGAUUCUCUCGGUGAAUAUGUCAAAGCUAAAGAAUAUUAUGAAAAAGCACUUGCGAUCAACA